AUCAUGGAAUCUAAAUGAGACACUAUUUCCACACCAACUUGGGGAAAAAUACUGUUUAUGAACCUGAAAUUGAACUUCCUUGUUUAUCAAACUCAGAAUCAACUUUAACUAGUUUCUUUCCGUCAUUUACAUGACAACAUGUCUCGGGCUCUCGUCUUCUUUACUCUCCUGUUAGCAUUUUCAAGAGCAGAUGCUCUCUACGGUCAUGCUUUGGCUCGUUGUCAGUUCAGUUCACCUGAUGGUCAUGAUGCUGUGUACCUGGAGCAGUACUACUUUAACAAGAGGCUGGUGGGCCUAUACAACGGCACUUUGGGGAAAAUUAUUGGCUACACAAAGGAAACAAUUAAAAUGGCAGAUACAUUCAACAACAAUCCAGCUUUUGCGCAUUUGUGGAAACCAAAAACAGAACGUUGCAGAAGAAUCUCCCCACUGGCUUAUAAUGCCCUUUUGAAAUCAGUCGAGCCGUCUGUUUGGCUGAGGUCAGUUGAGGCAGUGGACAGCAGACAUCCAGGCAUGCUGGUCUGCAGUGCGUACGACUUUUAUCCUCAACAGAUCCGAUUGACUUGGCUCAGGAACGGACAGGUGGAGACAUCUGAUGUGAUGUACACUGAUGAACUGCCCAAUGGGAACUGGCUCUACCAGAUUCACUCUUAUCUGGAGUUUACACCCAGACCAAGCCCACGGCUGACUCAGGGAUCAAUAAGAUUGUUGUUGGGACAGCAGGGCUGCUGCUCGGUCUGGUCUUUUCAGUUGCUGGACUAAUUUACUACAAGAAGAAAUCUUCUGAGCGUGUUUUGGUGCCAACAACUGAGGUGUUUUAUCCAGAGCUCACACUUUAAGUCCGAGAAGCCUUCGGGGAUAAAUUGAGAACUCAAAUACAAUGGUUCAGGCUAUGUGCUCAUUUCUAUCCUUUGCUGACUUUGACUGUAUAUGUUCAUUAUAUAUAACUACAAUGG